UGAAUUAUUUUAAUACCUGUUAUGGGACAAUUUCCCGGUGGCGUGUUUCAAUCAUCCAAUCACAGCAAAUUAACUGUGGUGUAGGAUUCCUAUAUUUGGCUACUUUAUCGCCUGAAAUACAAUUGUUUUUAUCAGUUUUCAAAAUUUGACUGAAUAUAAAGAUAUACAUUUAUCGCAAGUGACUAAUUAAUAAAAGAAUUUAAACUCUGUGUAUGAAUAAUAAACAGAAAACUUUAUUCUGACGGAUAAUCUAACCAAAGAAACCUUUAUAUUUAGAAGAAGGUUAGCAUUUGGCGAGUUUAGGGCAAUAUGAUCUCAGAUGUGUAACCAAAGAAUCUGUAAGUUCAACUAAAAAGUAAAUUUACGUGACAGUGCGUAGCACGCUGACUUGAAGCGGAGUCAAGAUUGCCGGUACGAUGAGAUGUCUCUGAUUUGUAAUUGACAAGCUUUCAGAAAGAUUUAAUCUCCUGUAUGUCACGAUGGAAUUACUGAACGGAGAUACUUUUAUUGACAUAUUGGAAGAUCGGCGUAAGACGAGUGAUAUUGGUUGGACUUUUAAAACAUGGAGUGUACCGCCCUGCAGAUAUUCUAAACAACGAACACCACAGGAAAUCAAGCAGUGUGUUUUAAAUAGUGAAAAAAUAAAAUACCUGAUAAAAGAAGUUAGCAAUGAAGAAGGUUGUGCGGAAGAAGAAAUUGAAGACAGAGCUAGAGCAAUAGUAGAUGAAAUGGCUCACAAUUUUCAGUUUCGAAUUAUUCGUUUUUUUGGUUAUGUGCUCUCUAAGUUUAUGAAGAGUGUAUAUGGAAAAAUAUUGGUGAAUAAGAAGGCAGUAGAAAAGAUUGGCAGUCUUUCAACUCAGUAUCCAGUACUGUAUUUGCCAACCCAUCGUAGCUAUGCCGACUUUCUUCUUGUUUCGUAUGUUUGCUUUUAUUUUGACCUCCCUGUUCCUGUUAUUGCUGCUGGACUGGACUUUUUGGGACUUAAAGCAUUAAGUUUUUUAUUAAGAGGUGCUGGAGCAUUUUUCAUUCGGCGCUCUUUUGUCAAUGAUCGACUAUAUCGAGAGAUUUUUUCUGAGUAUGUUCAGACUCAUAUUGAAGGUUGUGAAUAUCCUCUAGAAUUCUUUAUAGAAGGAACUCGAAGCAGAACUGCUAAAUCUCUUGUCCCCAAAUUAGGCAUGUUGCAAGUAAUAUUGGAUAUGUAUUUUUCAUCUAAAGUUCCAGACAUUAUUGUAGUACCAAUCAGCAUAAGCUAUGAUCGGACUCUGGAAGAAACAUUGUACGCUUAUGAGCUAUUGGGUGUUCCCAAACCUAAAGAAUCAACACGAGGUUUAAUUAAGGCACGUAAAGUUAUGUCAGACUAUUUUGGGAAUGUUUGUGUGCGGUUUGGAGAACCAGUGUCAUUAAAAGAAUAUUUCAGAGGUUAUGAUAGAAGUGUACAUAAUCUUCAACCAAGUGCAAGGCUGAUGUCCAUAAAAAUCUAAAACCAUUGGAUGGCUAAUCUAAAAUCAUGAACCAUGACUGUUUCUAUAAAAGAGGAGCAACUUUUGUGUCGAGACCUAGCAAACCACGUCAUUCGAAUGCAGCAAUGUAAUUUAGUUCUGUCACCCUUUCCUCUGGUCUGCCUUGUGAUUGGUCAACCAUCA